GGACAGUUCAGGUUACACAAUGGGUGCUUGUUCAGGAGUGCGGGGUUCUCACCGACAAUUCGAAGCAGGUACAACACGUUACGUGUAACGGCAAGCAGGCUGGACUCUCUCCCAUUCACUUCUCACUCCACAAAUUCACACGUUAACACUCCUUCCAACGACGACGGAACGGCGAAACGACUAGCGAAGAUACACUAUUACGACCAUAACAGACAAGCCAGAGCAACUGCCAUGGCUGGUCGUUCGAUCUCCCGAUUUCUUGAGCUCAGUUAUCGCCGUGUCGAGAACGCGGUUGCCGAUGUCGAUUGGGAUAAGCUUGGCAAGGAUGUAGUAGACUUCCACUUAGCAGCCGGAAAGGGGGUUGAAAAUACUUUCCACAACGUCUCGACGUUGGUUAAAGAAACCGAUUGGGCGGAAUUGGGCCGCAACGCCACUGAAACUGUCAAGAACAAUCCGAAAACUGUGUUGGUUCCCGUGGGGGUUGUAGGAGGUGCUGUAACCGGUGGUUUGCUUAUGGGGCCGGUUUUGUGCGCGGUGGGCUUCAGCAGCAUUGGGCCAGUGGCUGGGUCGGUGGCAGCAGGGGUACAAUCUGCCGGGGCAGCCGGAGCGCUGUUCAGCACACUGCAGAGCGCAGCGAUGGGGGGUUAUGGGUUAGCUGGUGUAUUGACUUCCUUUGCAGGCGUCGGGGCCGCGGCAGGUGCAGCCGUUGGAGUUGCAUCUGGUAAUGCAGUCGACUUUGAUUCUGCGGCAGACCCUGGAGCAGACCAUGAAGGAGACUCUGAUUCUGCAGAGAAUGCCAGCACUGCAGAUGGUGACGGGAAAUCCAAGUCUGAGUAGACUAUCAUAAUCAAAUCUCACAAGGUUCUCAGUGCGGCGUGCUAUACCAACUCGAUACUGCCAAUACACAUUUUUCAAUUUCAGUUUCUUGGUCUCGCAGGUUCAAAGUCUCUGAAAGCAAACUAGCAGUGUACGAGCGGAAGAUGUUGAGAUGUAUACUUACGAGUACACUUUCAAUUUGCCUGGCUGAUUCUCUUAGCUGUGACUCGGCGCCUGAGUUAUCCCUGAAAUUAAUCAUGUUGAGAACUUAGUCAAAAAGCUUUGGUAUGGAGGUAUUAUGUG